UGUGAUAGGAGCGCCAGGAGUCGGAAAAAGCGGAAUUCGCCAAAUCCCAAUCACCCUGUCCCCAUGCACGUAAGUGUUACUUGGUGGGUCAAGAGUUGGGUCUUUUCCGUGACGAUGUUGGACAGGGGGAUCAGAAUAUUGGCUACCAGAUGCGUGUGGGUGCUGAACAAGUGAGUGAGCAUAUUGGCUAACAGGUAGGUGAGAAUCUGGGACAGGUUGGUGAGGAUAUUGUCUGCCAGAUAAGUGAGGAAGUUGGGCAGGUGGAUGAGGAUAUUGGCUACCAGAUGUAUGAGGAUGUUGGACAGGUGGGUGAGCAUAUUGGCUACCAGAGGAGUGAGAAUCUGGGACAGGUUGGUGAGGAUAUUGUCUACCAGAUGAGUGUCGAAGUUGGGCAGAUAGCCCUGACCGUGAGAUUCCUGACGAGGCGGUACAUCGGGGAAUACGAUCAUCAGUCUGAAAACAGAUACAAACAUGAAGUCUUGGUCGAUGGAGAUCCGAUACUCUUCGAAAUAUUAGACACAUGUCCUAAGAACGAAGAAGAACUGCCGACGACAGAAACAUUACAAUGGGCCGAUGGAUGGCUUCUGAUUUAUUCCAUAACGGACAGAGGAUCCUUCAACUUUGUAAGAAAAGCUAAAGAAGCUUUGGCUGUUGCAGAUCCGGAAAACGCAAUGCCAGUAGCUUUAGUUGGAAAUAAAGCUGAUAUGGUUCAUCUGAGGCAAGUUAGUACCGUUGAAGGAGAAAUUCUAGCUAAGGAUUUCGAAUGUUGCUUCAGCGAAGUCACAGCUGCUGAACAGGUAGCACAAGUAGCAGAAUCCUUCCACGAGCUAUGCCGUGAAGUUUUAGCUGCGAGGAGAAGAAAUAAACAGUCUUUGCUCGACAGAAUGCUGGGUAGCAAAACAACGAGUAAGGCUUACUCAAGAGGGAAAAGUGACUCGGCAUUGCCUAAGGACUGACGAAAAUACUUAUAGAGAAGUCGAGGAAUCUACUUUACAAGAUUCUGCAGAAGAAGGUCUAAUAUUGAAAGAAGAGUUCUUACCGAAACGAAAAUGGGGUUGUUGCAUUAAUUUUAGAUAUAUUUUUUAAAUACUGCAAAAAAUGCUAUAAAUUUAACUAUUUAAUCAAUUAUUUGAAUAAUUCGAGUACGAGAGAAAAUAUUCAAAAAGUAUCGAAACGCCUAUUCAAACCACUCUGUGACCUUGAAACGUCACACCUUUCGAAACGCUGAACCAAUCAGAAUCAGACUCUAUUGACUAACGUAUUAUCCAGCUUAAAGCCGGAGAAAAAAAGGCUGGGCGGUUUUAAUAAAGUUCGAAGCAUUUUGAACACCUUUUUGGGCCCUUUUUUUAUACUUUUCAAACAGUUUUUAAAUAAUAAACGCGAAGAUAGGUUAUCUUUACUAGCGGCAAUAUUAAUUCCACCAUAAAACAGCCUCCUGGCACCGAUAGUGACCUAAAGUUUUAGUGCUUGGAGAAAUUUUCACGAGAAUGAGAAUAUUCUCGACCUUUAUGUGCUUUGAGAACUUAAUGAGCAUUUAUGAGUAUUUUGAAUUAGAAUUUUAAAAAUCGUAUUUUUUAUUUUCGAUAAUAAUAAUAAAAUUAUUGAAAUUUCGCGGGAAAAUGCAUCACUUCAAAUUCAAAAGGGCGCUUAAUUUGAAUAGUAAAAAAUGUCAAAGUAAUAGAAAACAUAUUAUUUGCAUUAAACAGUGCCUUAUACAGGGUUGCUACAAAAUUACAAUUUCUAAAUUCUUCUAGGUAUAAUACCAACCAUACACCCUAUAGGAUUAAUAAAAUUAAUGUAAAAAAAUG